AUGGCGAGAGACAAAGGAAAAGGGAAAGCCAAAAUCCCCACAUAUUCAUCAUCGGACUCCACUGACGCAAGUGUUCCUGCGUCACCUCCUCCACAAAAAGAUGCUCCUCUGGUAAUUGGCAAACCAAAAGAAACACCCAAGAAAAGAACCAGUGAGCCAGUUCAAGAAAAGGGAACCAAAAAGAAAAAGACUUCAAAAGCUCCAGUUGUACAUAUGGAGAGGGCUAUUCAUGAGCCAAGCAAAGAAGGUAGUGGGAAGGAUAUGAGUGACUCAGAGUCUGAGGCAGAACCAGAGACCCCUGCUCCUGUUGCUCUUGGAAAAGGAAAGGGAAAAACAGCUCCAAAGGAACAAAGCAGUAAGCAGAAAGAGCAAACUGGAACUGAAUUGGCUGCUGCAAUUCUUCAAACCUUGAGUGACAAACCUGUCAAGCCCAAAAAGCUGAAAAUGGCUGCUCCAAAACCAAUCAGAAGAAGCUCUAGGCUGAAAGGAUAA